CGUCACGUCUUUUAUGUGCUUAGCUUGCUCCAACUAUCAAGCUUGCAGCAGGUACAUCCUUUCUUUGUUCAUCUCUAUUGACACCGAUCCUCACAACCCGGCUUCAGCGUAAAUAACCCGGAAUGGCGGCCAUGUAGGUUCGGAUUUUCUUCUAUCCUUCUUUUAUUUUAUUUGCAGGGCAUCAAGAAGAGACACUGGCGCAGAAUCGCAACUGACCCAAUGCCUAAAUCUAGCGAGAGCUUCGACAACGUUUACUUGGAUCUUUCCAAGGAAAACGGGAAGUGCAGAUUUGCAGAAAAUGGUUUAGGUUGGAAGCCAGCUGGGGGCGGCGACGCAUUUACUCUCGACCAGAGCAACAUCGGUGGCGCACAAUGGAGCAGGGCCGCGAAAGGCUACGAGGUGAAGAUUUUGCUGAGGAACUCGGGUAUCAUCCAACUCGAUGGCUUCCAACAAGAGGACUACGAGCGUCUGAGUAAGAUCUUCAAGAGUUGGUACAGCACCAACCUCGAGAACAAGGAGCAUUCCCUGCGAGGCUGGAACUGGGGAAAGGCCGAGUUUGGCAAGGCCGAGCUUACCUUCAACGUCCAAAACCGACCGGCAUUCGAGAUUCCGUUCUCUGAAAUCUCCAACACCAACCUGGCGGGUCGAAAUGAAAUCGCUGUCGAGUUCUCAGUCACCGACGAAGGCAAGGCAAAUGACAAGAACGGUGGCGGACCAGGCCAAGGCAGGAAGGCUGCGGCAGGGAAGGAUCAGCUCGUCGAGAUGCGAUUCUACAUCCCCGGAACGACGACAAGAAAGGAGGCAGAGGGUGGCGACGCUGGCAGUGACGCGGACGAGGAGGAGAAGAAUGCCGUUACUCUGUUCUACGACACCUUGAUCGAGAAGGCCGACAUUGGCGAGACCGCCGGUGAUACCAUCGCUUCCUUUCAUGAUGUCCUGCAUCUCACUCCUAGAGGCCGAUUCGACAUCGAUAUGUACGACUCCUCGUUCCGCCUGCGGGGUAAGACUUACGACUACAAGAUCCAGUACGAGGCCAUCAAGAAGUUCAUGUUCCUUCCGAAGCCCGACGAUCUACACGUCAUGCUCUGCAUUGGCCUGGAUCCUCCACUCCGCCAGGGCCAAACGAGAUAUCCUUUCGUGAUCAUGCAGUUUAAGAAAGACGAGGAAGCAACCCUCGACCUUAAUCUGACCGAAGAGCAGAUCAAGGACAGGUAUGGUGGAAGUUUGCAGGCCCACUAUGAACAGCCGUUACAUCAGGUUGUCGCCUACAUCUUCAAGGGAUUGGCUAGCAAGAGCAUCCUCAGCCCUGCGGAGGAAUUCAUGACACAUCGCCAGCAAUACGGCAUCAAGUGCUCGAUCAAGGCCAGUGAAGGCUUCCUCUACUGUUUGAAGAAGGCCUUCAUCUUUGUGCCUAAGCCUGCCACGUAUAUCUCGUACGAGCAGACACAGUCAGUCACAUUCUCCAGGAUAGGGGGUGCCGUCUCCGCCUUGUCGACCUUUGACAUCACAGUACACAUGAAGAAUGGGGCCGGUUCGUCACAAUUCAGCAACAUUAAUCGCGAGGAUCUGAAGGCGCUGGAGGACUUCUUCAAACUCAAGGGGCUGCGCGUUAAGAACGAGAUCGACGAGGAUGCAAAUCUCAUGGCCGCAGCUCUUCGGGACGAGGUAAUGGGGAGCUCCGACGAAGAGGUUGUGGGCGCAAAGGCAGACCGCGGCUCGGCCGACGAGGACGAGGAGAGCGUGGACGAGGAUUUCCGCGCCGAAUCUGACAGCGACGUCGCGGAGGAAUUCGACAGCGACCACGAGAGCUCCGGAUCAGGCAGCGGCGAGAGCGAUGUCGAUAAUCGAGUUGACGAGGAAGACGACGAAGAUGAAGAAGAGGAGGAGAAGCAGCCGAAGAAGAAGAAGAAGAAGACGGGUUGAGCACAUUCCCCGUAAGAGCUCCAACUCGGUGUUCUCAGCAGUCUCCUGGUUACCAUGGAGGGCGGAAGUUAUCUGCAGGCGUUCAAAGGGCUGCACAUGGUCAGGAGCUACCACCUUAGGUACCUAAGUAUCUAUGUAGGAUAACGUCGACAUUGGACUGUUCGGUCCGCAUAGCUCUUUUUCCCCAAGCUCCCCGCGGAGGAGGUCGUUAGUGGGAGAAAACUUGGCCAGAGGGGUAUCGAGUGUAGGUAGUAUGUAGUAAUAGUCCGGUGGGCCUGUCUAAAGGAGACCUGGCAUCAGUCUAACGUUCACAUCAUUUCAACCCCACGAGAUGGAGCCGGGACCCACUAUACAGUAUGCACACGAGAGUACCUACUCCGUACCCAGGUACCUAACGUAGAGGAAGAUGAGGAGGUGUAGAAGAUGGAGGGCUGAGAAGAGUGCAGAUAACAUGAU